AUAUAAAUGUGAAGAAGCAGCCUGUUUAACUCCUUCAAUGGCUGCCAUGGAAGCAGAAGAGACGGAGGAAGAAGGAGGGCGUUAUUUCUUGGAGAAACUAUCUUCUGCUCCAACUAUGCAAGAAAAUGGCGGUUUGGAUAUGUGUCUAAGCUUCAGCAGCUACUCUAUCGAUGGACCUGCAGAAACGGCUGCGAGAGUUACCAUGGAGUUUGAAGGAAUGGGCGGAGAUGGCGAUGGCGGUGAGGAGGAUGAGUUUGAAUUUGUUUUGUUUCAUAAGGCUGAGGAAGAAAUGGUUUUAGACUGUCCGAUUAGUCCUGUUUUUCCUAUCUUCAAUCACGACCUAUUGGAGAAGAGUGAUGGAACUGAGGUUAAUGAAUUGAAGAAUGGAAAUGGUUCGACUGUUAGGAUUUCUCUGGAGAAGCUUAUACUUGACGAUCGCGAGCGGGAACGUGACCUUGAUCGUGAUCUUCCGUCGUCUUCGUCGUCUGAAGCCGAUGAAUUGGACGGAAUUCCACCGGGAACGUACUGCGUUUGGACGCCUAAGCCAGUGCAAGCAGCGGAGCGCAGAAAAUGCAAGAAGAGCAAGUCCACUGGAUCAGGAUGGUCGUCUUCAAGACGGUGGAGGCUCCGAAAUUUUCUUCCACGAAGCAACAGCGAAGGAGGAAAGAAUCUGUUCGUCUUCUUAACACCGUCUUCGAAAUCAGAAUCGACGAGGAAGAAAGAAGAGAAAUCAGAGAAAUUAGGCAAAGAUACAAAGGGAAAGAAGAGCUGUUCAGAGGCCAACGCUGUCGCCAGAAAAACGAAGAUCAAAAGAGGCUCUGUCGAGAAGGAAUCAUCGGCGCACGAAUUAUUUUACGUGAGGAGCCGAAUGUUGAAGGAAGGAGAUAAGAGACGAUCAUUCCUUCCGUACCGGCAAGACCUCGUCGGGUUUUGGGCUAAUCUCAAUACCGUGAGCAAAGCUCUACCUCCAUUCUAAGCCGCUCAACAGGAAGAAGUUUGGCCCUCUAAAACUUUACAAGUAAUUGACAAAGAGGCAACUGCUAAUACUGCAUCUGCACGAUGACUAUAUUUACAAUAACAAAGAAAAGUAUGCAUGAAUGGGAGAAAAGACUCAUACCCUCCGUUGAACCACCACAUGUUGAUAGAAUGAAGCAAUGAACUGCAAAAUGAAAUCAGUGCGCAACUUCUCAGUAGCUGCAUUAAUGAAUAUAUAACAUUUCAAGAGCCAUACAUUAUCCUGUUCGAAGAAAAAAUUAUUAUAAAAGACAUAACUACAAUGGUUAUUUGGCAAGAGUCCACCACUAUGAAGUCAAACAUUAAGAUAGACCCACAUCUCUUACAAAUGCUUGCUUUCUCACAAAAACUAUUUCAUACCAAUAAAAUUUCCCAGAUAACUGCCCAUCUUCCUUUUAAACUUGUGACCGAAGAGUAACUGUUCCUAAUUCACUUUUGCAUGUAAGCUUGAGAACCCAUGGUGCUCUCUGCACUAAAAACGGAACCCUCCAACAGAAUAAACUACACUGACAGAGCUGAAAACGAAUGAUUUUGAGUCUUUUCGUGAACAAAACAUAAGCACACACCAAUUCAAAACUCAUUGCCAGUUGAACAACAUCCACCUACUGACCACAUCAUACAUCAGCCAAAAAAACAAGCAGCCUAAUCUUGGAGUCUUCUUUUCUAGAUUGUGUUCAAAGGGUAAUGGUUUAAAAACUGACAACGUAAAGAACUCACAUCAUGGCAACGUGUCUUGCAUUCUCUUACCACCACUAUUGGUAAUCUGCUUUCCUUGUAUCUUUUCUAACAGAAAAUACUUUCACUUCUUAUUCCACAAGAGAUCUUUUUUAGAAACGAAGAAACAAAUGUAAAAUCCGUCCUAUUUGAAACUGCAAAUUGUUUAAUGAAAAUUGGCUCUUGCAGAACAUGUUAGAGCUCACUGACAAUUGCACUCUUCCAACAUUUUAACCAAGACGCUACACUCUGAACAGUACACAAGCAUCGCCCUCCAGUAGCUACCCUUCCAACUCAACAAUAUUUUUUUUUUUGGGAAUUAGAAAUGAUAUAUUAAUUUUUUUUUUUUUUAAGGAAGCCUCUCGACUACAUUUUCAGUUCCUCUUGAAUCUUGAUUACCUCUUUCACACCAGCAGUGUGGCAAAAAAAAAAAAAAAAAAAAAGUUCCAUUGCAAAAAAAG